AUGCCUUCGGGCGACUUCGACCAGAGCACGAAGAUCGGCUUAAUAUUCGUCGUCGUCGCGGCCUGCCUCUCCACUUUCGCCGUCUCAUGCUUACUGUUGUAUAUUGGGACCUCCGUGAUAUACAAUCCUGAGGUCACUCGAGGAUGGAAGUCAACCCAUGUACACUAUUACUUCAUGAAUCUCCUAGCAUGCGAGGUCGUCCAAGGCAUUGGGGGGAUUAUGACAGUCAAAUGGACGAUUGACAUGGGUGUCACAGAGGGUACCUAUUGUACGGCCCAAGGAAUUUUCCAACAGAUGGGCGACGUUGGCGUGGCACUAUGCUCUCUAGCUAUCGCCGUGUACACCUUCUGUGUCUUGGCCGUGCGAUGGCACCCCCCAUUCCUUUCGACGAUCGUUGUCAUCGCAUUAAUUUGGAUUUUCCUGGCUCUCAUUACUGGCGUCGCCUCAGCAAAGCACGGAGCGCAAGGCUACUAUGGUGACACUAAAUAUUGGUGCUGGAUCACUGAUCACUUCGAGGAUGAGCGAAUAGCGCUAGAGUAUUUUUGGAUGUGGCUAGCUGCAAUGGGCAACAUUGUCAUCUACGUACUCCUUGCGUUUCUUGUCAAAGGUUUCCUUAGUUUCAGCGGGUGCAGUGUGCGAUUUCAUAGGCCUAUCACCCCGGUGGAAUCAGACCCUCUCUCCGUCGAAAAUACUAAUAGAAGUAGAACCACUGCGAUUGCAGUGCAAAUGUUAUUUUACCCCGCCGUGUAUACGAUCACCGUGUUCCCCAUGACAGUUACUCGAUGGAUGUCGUUCUCCGGCGCAUCUGUUCCAUUCGCGGCCACGGCCUUCGCUAGCGUUACAUUCUGGUCUUCGGGCUUGUUCAACGUAAUUCUGUUCGCCAUAACGCGGCCACGCCUCCUUCCAAGUCGUUCUAAAAUUACUUCGUCCCCGAGCGACCACAUCGGCAUGUCCCUCAAGAGUCCUGUCACACCAGAUAGCACACAGCGCACCGACGACCGCUUCUCCGAUAUCGAGGCCAGCGAGCGGACCUCGCACUUCUCACCUCUGGCGUCCCCGGACAAACGCACCGAUCGCAAUCUUCCAUCCCCUGAUUCACCACCCCCUCGCGAUUCCGAUGGUAGUAUGGCAUUCGUACCACCUAAUCUGCGAAUUGACGAAACGCAAUGA